AUGGAGGACCACCUCGAGGAUGCGUCGACGACGCUCAAUGGGGGGUUGGCAGAGAUGCGAGUGAAGAAAAAAAAAAACAAGGCGAAGAAGAUGGGCGGCGGGGACCUCAAGAAGAAGCGCCAUAAGGACGGCCUUGCAAAAAAAUCUGCAGCGAUAAAAAUGGCCAGGCUAAUAGAAAAGGGGAAAAUCCCCUCCCUCAAGGGGACAAUAAAGAAAAAAAUGAGUCAAGUGAAGGGGGCCAGCGUUAAUAAUGCCAGUGGCGAUGACGACGACUGCGGUGGUGACAGCAGGAGGGCCCUCAAAAAGAGGAAGCGAAAGGAAAAGCGCAAAGGGAAGAAGCUUGCCAAAGGGAAACAGGGGAAGAAAAAAAAGGGGCAGACGGAAGAGGAGGACCCCACUGAUGACGAACCCGAUGAAGCACCCGAUGAAGAAGAAGACGCAGACGGGUUGGAGUUGUUCCAAGGAGAGGACGUUAUCCUAGAGGAGGACAAACAAAUGAAGACCAAGGGGAUGGGCAAGAAGAGCGACCCCUCGGCAAACCUCAUAACAUUUUUGAGGAAAUAUAAUUACCAGGAGGAGGGAUUCCUGAAGAGGAAAAAAUAUCGUGGGCAGGACAAUGAAGAAGUGGAGGGGUAUGGGUUCCCUCCGGAAGACGCGGAGGCAGAGUCGUAUCAAUACAUGUCGCAGAAAGGCGACGUGUACAAAAUUGAAAAGCCACUUGAACGAGUAGACCUUGCCGAUUUCAUAUACACAGAUGGUGUGUGUGCAGAACAAAUAGGUGAAGAUAUUAAUAUGCUCAAGAGGGGAACAGUUGAGAAAGGGAAGGCAUUGAGGCACAUGUCUGUCCUGGAGGAACAGAAAAUAAAUGAACACUUGGCCUACGUGAACAAUGUUGAUAUAAUAAAUAAAAUGAACAAAUCUUUUUACGUUAUAAAUAACGCGCAGGGGGUGCACUUUGGGCAGGGCGGGAAGAAUGGGCCGCUUCAGGUCAACUCAGAGGAGUUCCUAAACAAGAGCCUGCUCCGAAGGAGAGGUGGUGUGGCGGAGGGAAAGGAUGAAGUAGGACGGGGCGAAGGGGACCGCGAUGAACGCAGCGAGGGACGUGGCGCGGUCGGCAAUCGCGAAGACUCCCUGACCGCUCUACAGUUCGAAGCCGAGAUGCAGAAAAAUUUGCGAAUGUCAAAAAUGCUCAUCGUGUCGGACGACGUGUUGAAGACCGAGAGGGAGAAGAAAAGGGACGAGCUGAAAAAAAUUGCUCAGCUGAAAGCAUUGUUACUCAAGGAGGAAAAAAAAAACAAAUAUAAAAAGAGGAUUAAGUCCAAGUCCUACCGUCGUCAUUUACGAAUGAAGGAGAAGAAGGAGGAGGAAAAGAUUUUUGCCAAGAUACACUCGGAAGACCCUGACCUGGCACAAAAUCUGGCCCUCUAUGAAAAAGAGUACGCGCAGAAAAGGAACUUAAUAAAUAAUGUGAACAAGAGGAAAACCGUGAGGCUGCUCAAUCGGUACAAGAAUGAGGAGUUGAAGAAGCAGAUGUUGCGGAGCUUCCAGGCGGAGAAGGAAGAGAAGAACGUGCUGCGGAGGAUCAUCGAGAGGGCCGUUGUGGAGGAAGAGGACGGGGGGGGGACUGGCACUGAUGAGGAGGAGGCAAGCAGCAUUGGUCAGGCUGGACGCAGCAUGGGUGAGGAAGGGCGUAACCCCGAUGACCAAAUCAACACAUCAUCCGGCCUGACCAAAAAGAACAAAGUCAGGAAGGAAUUACAAAAAAGGAACCUCGAACGAUUCUCCUUUGUGAGAAACGCAGAGGAAAGGAAGCGGGACGAAGAAUUGUAUGAACAGAGGAAGAGGCUGCUAGAUAAGAUGCAACGAAGGAAGGACGACAAGGAUCUCAUGACGAACACCUCCUCUGAUGAGGGCAGUGGCGUUGAGGGGGGUCGUCUCGAUUUGGGUCUGUCACACGAAGUGCGCAGGUCGAGCGCGAAGGAGGCCUCCAAGGCCAGGGCGCAGCUCGCGAGAGACGCCGACUUGGUGAACGCUUUGAGGAAGGGCGGUAUUUUGGGCACAGAGGAGGGGCAACUAGGGGCCAACUCCACCGAGGAGAGUGCACUUGGUGUGGAUCUGUUGGAGAAUUCAUCCGGCCUAGUUCCCCGGAUCAACCCUACUGGUGAAAACGCAUCCAUCGGGGGGGAGAACACACUGGGGGAGAACCCACCGGAGGAAGACACACCCAUCGCGGGGGACCUGCGCGACGUCAACGCGAUUGACGCGAUUGACGCGAUUGACGACGGGUCGGUGCUGCAGAAUUUGGGGGAGGAUCUUUCCGUGUACAAUUUUGAGAAUGGGGUGUAUGAAGAUUAUGUUAAUUUGAAUGCAGAUGCAGGGAAUGGGGACAUCCCGAGGGAGGAUGAUGAGUUGUUUCAGUUGAGCGAAGAUGAAAGAGUCACCACGGAGCGGGUGAGCGAAAGGGAAUGGUGCAACUACGAAACAUUACUCGAAUUGGAGAAAAACAAAAUUAUGAAGGAGAAGGAGAUCAUUGAAAAAAAGAAAAAAAUUCCAGUUCACACCAUUAGUGUGUUCAACAGGAAGGACAGAAAAUUUGAAAAAUAUUUUAUUGACAAGGUUCCUUAUCCUUACGACAAACAGGACUAUGAAAAAACGCUAAACAUAAGUUUGAACAAGGAGGUGAAUGACAUUUCAGCGCAUGCUAAGUUGGUCGCUCCUCGGUUGUCCAACCGGGUCGGUAACAUCGUGUCCCCGCUGGUCAGGAACCCCUUCGAGAUUGCGCGCAUCCUUACGCUCAAGCGGGGCAAGAACAGGAGCAAGCUGUGA